AUCUCUCCGAUCAUGAAAUAUCUGAAUGUUUCUGAAACUCGUUUCAGUUGUCUGACUGACGUUGAAAAGGAAUAAGAUAAAAUCUGUUUCAACCAUAUUUUACGCGUUUUGUACGUGCUGUUUGAUGAAAUUGUGAUAAGAAUUUCCACUACGAUUUCGGAUUCUAAUUGCUGAAAAGCGCAAAAAUUUGCGGAAGAUUACCGUACGAUAGAUCGAAUUUCGUCUGAUUUUACAACAUCAAUGAUGGAUAAUGGACGGUUUCAAAUGUUUGACUGCACGAGUCGAAUGGUCAAAAAAGUUAAUAACCCACAGAGCGAUGGUUAUGAAAUCAGCAUUGACAAACUGAAGAAAAAUCCAAAACUAGCGGAGCACAUUCGUAAGAACAACAAAUGUUUGCCGCAUUUGCAUCUUGUUGGCAAUAAAAACGAAAACGAAAAUACUGCGCUAUUAGAUCUGAUCCAUUCUCUCUGCGUGGAUAGCCUCGAAAAAUUGAAAUUCAGCUGGAUGACCAUCGAUAUGCCGGCGGAAAAGUUGCGAACGUUUCGGUCAUUGAAAGAAGUCACAUUUGACUUGUGCACUAUCAAAAACGAAAGCAUCCUACGGUUCUGUGAAUGGUGUCCAAAUCUAACAACCUUGAAAUUCGAUGAAGGCGUGGAAGUGUCCGAACCCGCAUAUGCGUCGUUUAAAUCAAGCGAGCAAAAACUCAUUCAAGUCAAGAGCUUGUCAAUUGAUUUUAAGGGUUCGUCUAUGAAACUGACCCGCGAUUUGCUUGAAGCGCUCGAUCGUCAAUUUCCAUCGCUCGAGACUCUCCAGAUAGCAAUGGAUGCAAGCGAUAGUUUCACUAAGAACGAAUUUAAAGAAAAAUACGAACCUCUUUACUUCAAAAACCUGAAGAGCUUCGCCGUCCAUUCGUUCGUAAAUAACAUCGAGAGACUCUUCGAUUAUAUGGCCGUUUCUAACGUCGAACUGACGGAAUUUUCUUUCACCGGAAUGUUUGUCACUGACGAAUUGGUCGAUUGGAUCAAAAGUUGCACAAAUUUGAGCAAGUUGACUGUCGAUAGUCAUAUGCUGAACAAGAAUAAAAUUGCCGCUGUGAAAGAUAUGCAGCGAUUGAAGAAAUGGACAUUGAGCACAAAACGUUUGCUGUGGAAAGCGGAAGAUGUCAUUCGCAUCGCUCGCGCUAAUCCUCAUGUUGACACGCUGGCAAUAGAUUCUGAUUAUGGGAACGACGACAUGGAAUUUGGGGAAAAAUACAAGCAGAUGUUUGCGGAUUUGGCUAAGGAGCGCAAAGAUCUGGCGAUAAAAGUAUUUUUCCAUGAAGAAGGCCGCGAAAUAAACAUUUCGGCACAUGGAUUCAGUGAGAAAAAACGCAAAGAUAAUGCGGCGAAUAACGGCUCUUCGUUCAGUUUAAAUGAUCCGUCUAUGCAGAAUCUCAUGAAAUUCAUUGGAGAAUCCUUUUCGCGAAGUCAACGCCAAAUGGCGAAUUUAAAGCAAUAAUUACUGAAUUGUCCUAAAAGUCGAAUGGUCACAUGAGUUUGUUCGUAAGUUUUUUUUUCUUUUUAAUGUUUCCCUUCGUUAUUUCGCUAGCUAAAUGUUUCAGUGAGCUAUUGAGCUAUGUUACCCAUUGAAUUUGUAAGAUGAAAAUAAUUCACUCGAACUACCAAUAAAAGUCUCUAAUUCUAAUCAAAUGUCACAAAA